AUGGAGAAAGUCAAAGAAAGAAUAGGUCUUGCAAAUGGCUUGAUUGUUCCCAGUGAAGGCAAAAGUGGAGGAAUAGCUCUUUUGUGGGUCAAAGGCUUAGAUGUAGAGAUUAAAAGCUAUACUCGAAGUCAUAUUGAUGCUAUAGUGACUGAUCCUGUGUCAGGGUUCAAAUGGAGAAUCACUGGGUUUUAUGGGAACCCAGAUACUAACCAAAGGAGAGAGUCUUGGAACCUUCUCCAUUUCCUCAACACUCAAUACCAACUUCCAUGGGUCUGCCUGGGGGAUUUCAAUGAAAUUUUGAAGGCAUCAGAAAAAUGGGGUGGUCCUGAGCGACCCCAACAUCAGAUGGAGGGGUUUAGACAAGUAGUGCAUGCUUGUGGCUUUCAAGAUAUGGGUUUUGAAGGGCCGGAAUUCACUUGUAGCAAUCGAAGGUCGGAGGAAGAAAGGAUAAGAUUAAGAUUGGAUAGGGUGUUGGCUACAACUGAGUGGAAAGAGAAAUACCGAGAUGCUAAAGUUCUUCAUGUGGUGGAAUCUACAUCUGAUCACUGUGCUAUUAUUCUAACAAACCAGCAGGUAAGGCGCAGACACAAAACAAGACAAUUCCACUUUGAAGCAACUUGGCUUAGGCAUGAGAAAUGUAGAGAAAUCAUCCAGGAUUCUUGGAAGGAUCAAGCAGGCCUACAAUCAUCAAGUGAGUUGGUUAAAGGACUAAAGAUUUGCACAGAAGGUUUAAAAAUAUGGAGUCAGCAUGAUUUAGGCCAUGUCUCAAAGAAGAUCCAAGAAAAAAGGAAGAUUCUUCAAGAUGUGGUCCAAGCUGACAAAGAUUGUAGCAGAGGUGAUGAGAUAGAUAUGCUAUGUAAAGAAAUAAAUGAGUUGUUGGAUGACGAGGAGAUGAGAUGUAAUCAAAGAUCAAGGGUUCAGUGA